AUGGGCGGCGCCGGCGGCGUGAAGACGCGGCUCGUGAAGAUCGGCGCCUCCAACGCGGGCCACGCGCCGCACAACCGCCUCGUGACGGCCAAGUUCACCCUGCUCAACUUCCUGCCGCUGGCCCUCUUCGCCCAGUUCCGGCGCGUGGCGAACCUCUACUUUCUGCUCAACGGCAUGCUCAUGAUGUUCGCGGAGGUCACGGGCGCGUUCAACUCUCCCUACACGUCCUACACGACGCUCGGCCCGCUGAUGUUCCUCAUCACGAUCUCGCUCAUCAACGACGCGCUGACGGACAUCCAGCGCCACCGCGCGGACAUGCGCAUGGACGCGACGGCCGUCGACGUCGUGAGCCGCGGCGGCGGCCAGCUC